AUGGUUUUUUAUCUUAUUGGACUUGGAUUGGGAACUGUUGAAGAUAUUACUGUUAAAGGACAAAAAAUAAUAAAAGAAUGUGAUGAAGUUUUUCUUGAAAGUUAUACAUCAAUUUUAAGCAGUGGUUUAUCACCGGAUAUUUUGGAAAAAUUUUAUGAUAAAAAAAUAAUACCAGCUGAUAGAGAAAUGGUUGAAAGUUUUUCUGAACGAAUUUUAGAAAAUGCCAAGGAAAAAAAUGUUGCAUUACUUGUUGUGGGUGAUCCUUUUGGUGCAACUACUCAUUCUGAUAUUUAUCUUCGUGCUGUACAAAUGGGAAUAACAGUUAAAGUUAUUCAUAAUGCAUCUAUAAUGAAUGCUAUAGGUUGUACUGGAUUACAGUUAUACAAUUUUGGGGAAACUGUUUCAUUUUGUUUUUGGACAGAUACCUGCAAACCUAUUUCAUAUUUUGAAAAAGUUUUACUUAAUCUUGAAAGAGGACAACAUACAUUGUGCCUUCUUGAUAUUAAGACAAAUGAAAUUAAUAUUGAAGAGUUAAUGAAAGGAAGGAUGAAAAGAAAUCCACCACAAUAUAUGACAGCAUCUGAGGCUGCUCAACAAAUUUUAGUUGCUAUUGAUCUACUUAAUGAAAGAAAUUCAGAAAAAUUAUUAACACCAGACACUAUGAUUGUUGCUGUUGCUAGAUUAGGAUGGGAUAAUCAAAAAAUAGUUUAUUGUUCAGUUAAAGAUUUAGUUGAUAUUGAUAUGGGACCACCAUUACAUUCUGUUAUCAUUCCAUCUCCAUCCUGUCAUCCUAUGGAAUAUGAAAUGCUUAAUUUGUUCAGACACAAAAAAGAAUAA